AUGAAUCAAUUCACCAUUCCCAAAGUACCGCCAAGGAUAAUCUCCGCAAUGCGGGGCAAGUUCUUCCUUGCCGAGCCGAACAACUCUGACCACCAACACCAGCACCCUAAAACGUACCCAACUUCGCUGUUUCACACCACUCUUGGCGUCACUUUUCCGGCUCGUUAUCUCGGUUUUGUCGCUCUUGCUGCCUCACCAAACGAGCUGUCAGAAAAAGAUAAAACAUUGUUCACUACGGAAUGCACUGCCCUGGUUCGUGAGGCUCAGGCCAACUCAAAGAACUUAGGACAGGUGAUACCGCGUAAGUUGGAUCAGCAGUUCGCUCACCUCUAUCAAAAUCCAAUGAACAUCUCGGUGUGUGAGGAGGAAGUUGCCUUGAUCUCCGUCACCGCUGAACGCCUUGCACUCAUUCUCUGCAAGAAACCCAACGUAAAUCAAGUUCAGCACUCUUUGCGCGAUGUGUCAUUUGUGUGCGUCAGCGAGGAUGGGAAAUUUUCAAGUUAUGUUUGUGAAACUGCGCAUUUAGGACGUCUUUGCGUGGUGCUGGAAAGUGAUUGUUCGUUUAAGUUUGGCCUCGCUAUGUCACAGGCAUUUCAAAUGAUGCUUCAAAAGAAUCCUUAUCACUACUUGCCAAUUCCUGCCGAAAGCAAACUUAACAGUCAAUGUUGGUAUCAUGGGAACAUUUCUCGAAACGAAGCUGAAGAGCUAAUUAAAAUUGAUGGAGAUUUUCUGGUGCGCAAAUCUCAAACAAUCCAAGGCCAGUUGGUUUUGAAUGGAAUGCUCAAUGGCCAACACCAACAUCUGAAGCUUAUUAACAUGGAAACUCGUCAAAUUCCUGGGCCAAACAAACGCACCUUUUCUUCUGUUGUUGAGUUCAUAGAGUUUCACAUAGAAAAUCAACUGGGCGUUUUGUUUAACGACAAUGAAAACGAACUGCAAUUACUUAAUCCAAUUGUUUCACGCAAAUGA